AUGAAGCUGAAACUUACGCUUUUUCCUUUAUCAAUGAUCUUUGCCAGUAUCUCUACAACACAACAGAAUGGAGAGAAUUGUACCCCAAUUCUGGACUUGGGAUUUAUCUUGGAUACAUCUGGAAGCAUUGAGGAAAUUUACAACGAACAUGUUCGGUGGACCGUCGCAUUAGUUGAAAUAUUGCCAAUAAGCAAGCAAGCCGUUCGAGUGUCAACCAUACAAUAUGCUGGCUAUCCCUUGACAGAAUUCAGCUUGGACACAUACAAUAGUAAAAGUGACGUCGUCAAACAUCUUCAAGAGAUGUCAUUUCAAUCCGGUGUGACAAGAACGGGAUUCGCAUUGAGAAGAGCUGAGGAUGAAAUAUUCAACGAAAAUCGAGGAGCUAGAAAAAACGCUGCGAAAAUUAUUGCUCUGUUCACAGACGGUUUAUCAAUAGAUGAUCCAAUCAAAGCAUCCGAUCAUCUAAGGCAUAAAAAAGGUGUAAAAAUCUAUGUAAUCAGCGUAAGCGCUGAAGGAUUCGUUCCAGAAAUGCAACGAAUCGCCGGAGAAAACGCAAACGUUUAUGGAUUCUCUCAAGAUAACGCUAUUCCACCGUCAGAAGUGAUUAGAUCAAUGGCAAAUGUAGAAUUCUACGUUGUUAUUCUAUCACAAUGCAGUAAUAGGAACUAUCUUCGUCAAAUCGUUAAGGAUGAAGAGAAGGUGUUAAUGCAUGAAGACGCCUCUUUCUUUGGUAAUCAUCUGAAAUCCCGCCUCAACUGUGAAAACUGA